CAGAAAAUAAUGGUGGCUCCCAUGUCCCUGGCAAACCCGGGUGGCGGGAGCAGGAGCGUGAAUCCCCGCACCGGCUACUGCGCAACGACCAAGUCGUUCCACAGCCUCCGUCCGCCGGUGCCGCUGCCACCGCCGGACGUCCCGCUCUCCUUCCCGGAAUUCGCGUUCACGCUGCUGCAGUCGUCGUCCCGACUCCUCGACGCCCACCCGGCGCUCCUCGACGCCGCCACAGGCGAGGCCGUCUCGUUCCCAGCCUUCCUGUCACGGGUGCGCGCGGUUGCCGGCGCUCUGCGAUCUCGCGUCGGGCUGCGCCCCGGCGACGUGGCGUUAGUGCUCGCGCCAACGCGGAUCGACGUGCCCGUGCUCUACUUUGGGCUCCUCUCCAUCGGCGCGGUCGUCUCCCCUGCCAACCCAACCCUCACCCGCGCCGAGGUUUCUCGCCUCGUCUCCCUCUCCGGUGCAUCCGUCGCCUUCGCUAUCUCUUCCACGGCUUCGAAGCUCCCCGCUGGCCUCCCUGCCGUCCUCCUCGAUUCGCCACACUUUCGAUCCCUCUGCAUGGACGAACAGGGAGAUGGGUUGGCGCUCGAGACGGCCGUGGUGGUGCGGCAGUCGGAUACGGCGGCGAUCCAGUUCUCCUCGGGGACGACUGGGCAGGUGAAGGCGGCGGCGCUGCCGCAUCGGAGCUUCAUCGCGAUGGUGGCAGGGUUCCACGCACUGCAUGCUAAGCCGCAGUCGCCGAGGAAGAAUCACGAGAGGGCGCUGCUGUGCGCUCCGAUGUUCCACUCCAUGGGGUUCUUCUUCGUGCUGAAGGACAUCGCGCUGGGGGUGACGACGGUGGUGGUGACGGACACGGCAGCACGGGCCGGGAUAAGGGGGCUGGUGGAGACGGCGGAGCACUGGGAGGUUACGGAGAUGACAGCGGCGCCACCGGUGGUGAUGGGGAUGACCAAGGAGAGGUGCAGGCUGACGGCGCUGGAUCGGAUAAUAUGCGGCGGAGCCCCGCUGUCGAUGGCGGCAAUCGAGCGGUUCCGCCGACGAUUCCCACACGUCGAUCUGUGUAUGGGCUAUGGCUCAACCGAGGCAGGUGGCAUCUCAAGGAUGAUCAGCCAGGAAGAGUGCACUCACAUAGGCUCUGCUGGCCGAGUCACUGAGAAUGUCGAGGUAAAGAUCGUUGACCAUGUCACGAACAAGCCAUUGCUCGCUGGGCAGCAAGGGGAGCUUUGGGUAAGAGGGCCUUCCAUCAUGACAGGUUAUGUGGGUGAUGACGAGGCCAAUGCAACCACUUUUGAUUCUGAUGGAUGGCUGAAAACUGGUGACCUUUGCUAUAUUGAUCACGACGGGUUUCUGUUUGUAGUAGAUAGGCUAAAGGAGUUGAUUAAAUACAAGGCUUAUCAGGUUCCACCUGUAGAGCUGGAGCUUGUCCUGCAAUCUCUGCCAGAAAUUGCUGAUGCUGCAGUUAUGCCGUAUCCUCAUGAAGAAGCAGGGCAGAUACCAAUGGCACUUGUCGUAAGACAAACAGGAAGCAAAAUUACCGAAGAAGAAGUCAUGUACAACGUUGCGAAGCAGGUCGCCCCAUACAAGAAGAUCCGAAAAGUCAUGUUCGUUGACUCCAUACCCAAAUCACAGUCUGGGAAGAUAUUGAGAAGGGAGCUAGUGAACCAUCUACGGUUAUGUGAAUUGUCGAGAUUGUAACUGUGUGGGCCAUAUAGUUAUGUUGAAUUGUUAUGAUUGUAACCAUGUGGGUCUCAUGCCCAUAUGGGACCUAAUGAGAUCCGAAAAGUCAAGUUUGUUGACUCCAUACCCAAAUUGCCAUCUAGGAGGAUAUUAAGAAGGGAGCUAGUAAACUAUCUAUGGUUAUUUGAAUUGUUUACACUGUAACUAUGUCGGUCCCAUAUCGUUAUGUUGAAUUGUCAAGAUUGUAACCAUGUGGAUCCUAUGUCCUCAUGUGGAUCCCAUGCCCUGUGAUGAAAUUCUUGUGUGAGCAAAACAAGUGUAGCGAAAUUGAAGCUCAAGAAGAUAACUGAAUAUACCAA